UUUGUUUUCUUCGUAAAAUUUUCUAUUUUUCUCAUUUGAGUGAUUUGGUCGCGCAGUUGGAAAUAAGUUCUUUUUAUUAAAGUAUCUUAGUUAUUUAAAAAGUUUUAAAGGAAACAAUGUCUGCUCCUUUAGAAAAUUUAGAGGGUUGCUUGGAGUUAUUUAUUGAAAAUGUUCGUCAAUUAGGCAUCAUUGUCAGUGAUUUUCAACCACAGGGGCAAACUAUUUUGAAUCAGAAAAUAACACAAAUGGUUACAUAUAUGCAAGAAAUUGACAAGUGUAAAAAUCAAGUGCAAGAUAUUCAAGUGCCAUUAGAAGUAUUUGAGUACAUAGAUCAAGGAAGAAAUCCACAGCUGUACACCAAAGACUGCAUGGAGAAAGCUUUGAACAAAAAUGAAGUUGUUAAAGGAAAAAUUGAUUCGUAUAGACGUUUCAAAAGUCUUCUUCUGGUUGAAUUGAGCAAAGUGUUUCCAAAUGAAAUGGCCAAGUAUCGUGCUAUCAGAGGAGAUGAACGACCCUCCUAAAAGUUCUUUCUCAUACCCAUUUGUAAAUAGCCUUCAAGAAAACAUUAAGUAUUCAAUAAAAUCUUUUUAAUCUCA